ACUUUUACGUGGCCAGUUGCAUUUGCGGUUCGGUCGUAGAUUCGGAUACAUCCAUUCCCCCUCCCACCCGGUAGGACCCUUCUUAAUUGUGAACUAAGAUCGCCACCCGUUCCAUCCCGUUCCUUCGCGAAAAUGAUGCAAAACGUGCUCCGUCAUGCGGUCCGGUCGGCGGCCUCGAUCGGCGCCCGUGCCACACCGGCACAUCGCUACUCCACAACCACAUCGUUCGGGACGGCCCGUGGCCCGACCUCCCCCGUCACCUACCUCAGCGAGGACGAGCUGGUGAUGAAGGAAACGGUGGCCAAGCUGGCACAGGAGCAGAUCGCACCGUUGGUGAAGAAGAUGGACGAGGAGCACCAGUUCGACCCGUCCGUUGUGCGGGCCCUGUUCGAUAACGGGCUGAUGGGAAUCGAGGUGGGCGAACAGUACGGCGGAAGUGCGUGCAACUUCAUGACCACGAUGCUGGUUGUGGAGGAACUGUCGAAGGUGUGCCCGGCCACGGCCGCACUCGUCGACAUUCACAACACGCUUGUUAACUCGCUUAUGAUGAAGCUCGGCACGGAGGAGCAGAAGAAGAAGUAUCUGCCGAAGCUGAGCCAGGAGUACAGUGGCAGCUUUGCGCUCUCGGAACCGUCGGCCGGAUCCGAUGCGUUCUCACUGAAGACGACGGCCAAGAAGGACGGGAACCACUAUGUGCUGAACGGCACAAAAAUGUGGAUCUCGAACUCGGACAUUUCGGGCGUGUUUCUUAUCAUGGCGAACGCAAACCCAUCCGCGGGCUAUCGCGGUAUUACCACGUUCAUCGUGGAGCGCGAGUACGAAGGGUUCACGGUCGGCAAGCGCGAAAGCAAGCUCGGUAUCUGCGCUUCCGGAACCUGUACGCUUCAUAUGGACAAUGUCCGUGUGCCGGAGGAGAACAUCCUGGGCGAGUUUGGCAAGGGCUACCAGUACGCGGCCGGCUUUUUGAACGAAGGCCGCAUCGGUAUCGGGGCGCAGAUGGUGGGACUGGCGCAGGGUUGCCUGGAUGCGACGAUCCCGUACUUGCUCGAGCGGAAACAGUUCGGCUCGGAUCUGUACUCGUUCCAGAGCAUGCAGCACCAGAUUGCGACGAUUGCGACGGAAAUAGAGGCGGCGCGGCUGCUGACCUACAAUGCCGCACGACUGCAGGAAGCUGGCGCACCGUUCUUGAAGCAGGCGGCCAUGGCCAAGUAUUAUGCGUCGGAGGUGGCCCAACGCACGACUGUGAAGGCCAUCGACUGGAUGGGAGGUGUCGGUUUCACCAAGGACUUCCCGCAGGAGAAGUACUAUCGCGACUGUAAGAUCGGGGCGAUCUACGAGGGCACAACUAACAUGCAGCUCAGUACGAUUGCCAAGGUCUUGCGUAAGGAGUAUCAGUCGUAAAAGGUUGUGACCUGGCGGAACCCUGCUGCUCACAAAGAAGCCGAUUGAUCGUUACGUAACACCUCCCGUAUAUGAUCGCGGUCGGCCGACUCAGAACGUGGCGUGUGAAUUUAUGAAGUACCAAUUCCACAAUGAAGAUCCAUCCCAAUUGUCUCGAAAGCACGAAAAAGGAUUCUACAUAUUUUACAACACCGUUUUGAAGGAAGGCAUUCAUCAAAAAGUUCGCAGCGAUAAGAGAACAGCCUCUGGGGGUCAGGUGGCCUUGUCAGUAGAUUAGACUCGAUAAAGAUAUCAACUUGUUUGUUAUCAGCGUGGAACCGACCACAACAGCGCAAAGAGACGAGAAUUUUCCACACACAAAACGAAACAGGGAACAGUGAAAAUGAUGCAUUUAUUAUGAUUAGUAAGUCGCAUGAGUGACGAUAAAAAUAAUGGAUCAACAGGACAGAAGGAUCACGCCAUUAAAAGCGUGUAAAAUUAGCGCUAGAUGAUGAUGUAAUGUAUACGGCGGCUGCCAACGUUCAGCAUUCUAGGGAAAAUGAUACAUUUUCUCAAGCGGAUGCCGUAAGAAAACGCAACGCUUCCAACACUUGGCGAAUUGUUCAACAAUUUGGCUUCCGUUUAGUGUAAUAAUGUAAAUGUUCUUUAUUGGUAGACGAAUAAAGCUGACGGAUGGUUUAUUAA